CCACCACCACCUACAUCAGCAGCAGCAGCAUUAUGAGCCUCUAGUGUAGUUAUUUGAAAAGACCCGGACGACACCAAGCAGCAGGAGCAGCAGCUACAGCGGAGGAGCCGGCGAGCAGGGUGGACCUGGGUUGGAUUCCUAGCCACAGGAAGCCCAGAUCGAGCCAUGGGUGACGGCGGAGAGGGAGAGGAUGAGAUUCAAUUCUUGAGAACCGAUGACGAGGUGGUGCUGCAAUGCACGGCCUCGAAGCUCAAGGAGGCCGUCAAGGUGUGUCUGGCGGCGGAGGGCUUCGGAAACCGCCUCUGCUUCCUGGAGUCUACGACCAACUCCAGGAACGUGCCUCCAGAUCUCUCCAUUUGCAUCUUCGUGCUGGAGCAGUCUCUGUCGGUGCGAGCCCUGCAGGAGAUGCUGGCCAGCAACGAGGACAAGAUGGAAGGGAAUGUUGACAUGGAGAAAUGGACGGCACAGGGAGGUGGACACAGGACGCUGCUGUACGGACACGCGAUCCUCCUGCGGCACUCCUACAGCGGGAUGUACUUGAGCUGCCUGUCGACGUCGAGGUCUUCGACAGACAAACUCGCGUUCGACGUCGGGCUCCAGCAAGACGCGUCAGGCGAGUCGUGCUGGUGGACAAUUCACCCGGCGUCCAAGCAGCGCUCGGAGGGAGAGAAGGUCCGGGUGGGAGACGACCUCAUCCUGGUCAGCGUCUCGUCGGAGCGCUACCUGCACCUCUCCUACGCCACGGGAGGCCUCAACGUGGACGCGUCGUUUCAACAAACGCUCUGGAAUGUCGCUCCGACGUCGUCCGGCAGCGAGAUCGCGCAGGGCUUUUUGAUUGGCGGGGACGUCUUGCGCCUCUUCCACGGUCACAUGGACGAGUGCCUCACCGUCCCGUCCGCCGACCUCCCCGAGGAGCAGCGAAGGUCGGUGCACUACGAAGCCGGCGCCGUGUGCUCUCACGCCCGCUCCCUGUGGCGCUUGGAGACUCUGCGAGUCAGCUGGAGCGGAAACCACGUGCGCUGGGGGCAGCCGUUCCGGCUCAAGCACAUCACGACCGGGAAAUACCUGGGCCUCACGGAGGACAAGACGCUGUGCCUGCAGGACCGCGAGAAGUCCGACGUCAAGUCCACCGCGUUCUGCUUCCGAAUUUCCAAGGAAAAGCUCGACUCUGGGCCCAAGCGCGAGAUCGAUGGGAUGGGGCCUCCGGAGAUCAAGUACGGGGACUCGGUGUGCUUCGUGCAGCACGUGGACAGCGGCCUGUGGCUCACGUACCAGGCUCCGGACUCCAAGACUGCCCGCCUGGGCAUCCUCAUCCGCAAGGCGAUAGUCCACCAGGAGGGACACAUGGACGAUGGGCUGACGCUGUCUCGCUCCCGGCCCGAAGACUCGCGCACGGCUCGAAUCAUCCGCAGCACCACCGCACUCUUCAACAGCUUCAACAGCGGGCUGGACGCGCUGCGAGCCAAAAACCGCCCGGUGCGCGUGGAGCUGCCCUUCGUCGCCAUCCGCCUGAGCCUCCAGGACCUCAUCGACUACUUCCAGCCACCGUCGGACAGCCUGGAGCACGAGGAGAAGCAGAUCCACCUGCGCUCGCUCAAGAAUCGGCAGAACCUCUUCCAGGAGGAGGGCAUGAUCACGCUGGUGCUCGAGUGCAUCGACCGCCUGAACCUCUACAACAGCGCGGCACACUUUGCCGAGACGGCGGGCGAGGAGGCGGGAGAUUCGUGGAAGGAAAUCCUCAACUCCCUGUACGAGCUGCUCGCUGCCCUCAUCCGGGGCAACCACGGCACCUGCGCGCAGUUCUCCAACUCCCUCGACUGGCUCAUCAGCAAGCUGGACCGGCUGGAGGCAUCUUCCGGUAUCCUGGAGGUGCUGCACUGUGUCUUGCUGGAGAGCCCCGAGGCUCUGAACAUCAUCAAGGAGGGACACAUCCGUUCCAUCAUCUCCCUGCUGGACAAGCACGGACGCAACCACAAGAUUCUGGACGUGCUCUACUCGCUGUGCGUGUGCAACGGCGUCGCCGUGAGAGCAAAUCAGAACCUCAUCUGCGACAACCUGCUCCCCGGCAGAGACCUGCUGCUGCAGACGCGGCUCGUCAACGACGUCACCAGCAUGCGCCCCAACAUCUACCUGGGCAUCUGCGAGGGCACGUCGCAGUACAAGAAGUGGUACUACGAGAUGGUGGUGGACUACGUGGAGCCGUUCGUCACCAACGAGCCGACGCACCUGCGCGUCGGCUGGGCCACGACGGAGGGCUAUGCUCCGUACCCUGGUGGCGGCGAGGGCUGGGGCGGCAACGGCGUGGGCGACGACCUCUACUCGUACGCCUUCGACGGCCUCCACCUGUGGUCCGGUCGCAUCGCCAAGCCCGUGGGCUCGCCGGGCCAGCACCUGCUGAGCGCGGAUGACGUGGUGAGCUGCUGCCUGGACCUCAGCAUCCCCAGCAUCUCGUUCCGUAUCAACGGGCACCCUGUGCAGGGCAUGUUCGAGAACUACAACACGGACGGGCUCUUCUUCCCCGUCGUCAGCUUCUCCGCUGGCAUCAAGGUGAGGUUCCUCCUGGGUGGCCGUCACGGCGACUUCCGCUUCCUGCCGCCGCUGGGCUACGCUCCCUGCUUCGAGGCGCUGCUGCCGCGGGAGCGCAUGCGCGUGGAGCCCAUCAAGGAGUACAAGCACGACCACGACGGCGUGCGCGACCUGCUGGGGCCCACCUUCUCGCUCAAGCAGGACGCCUUCACGCCCGUGCCCGUCGACACCACGCAGAUUGUGCUUCCCCCAAACCUGGAGCGCAUCCGAGACAAGCUGGCGGAGAACAUCCAUGAGCUGUGGGCUACGACCAAGAUCGAGAUCGGGUGGACCUACGCAACUGCCAGGGACGAUAACCGGCGCCUGCACCCGUGCCUCGUCGAUUUCCACAAGCUGCCCGAGCCGGAGCGCAACUACAACCUGCAGAUGUCCACCGAGACCCUCAAGACUCUGCUGGCGCUGGGGUGCCACGUGGGCAUGGGGGACGAGCAAGCCGAGUCGAAGCUCAAGCGCCUGCGGCUGCCCCGCAACUACUCCAUGGAGAGCGGCUACAAGCCGGCGCCCUUCGACCUCAACCACGUGAAGCUGACGGCCGGCCAGGAGGCCAUGGUGGACAAGCUGGCGGAGAACGCCCACAAUGUGUGGGCCCGCGACCGCAUCCGCCAGGGCUGGACCUACGGCAUCCAGCAGGACAUCAAGAACAAGCGCAACCCGCGACUCAUCCCGUACGCGCUGCUCGACGAGAGGACCAAGAAGUCGAACAAGGACAGCCUUCGCGAGGCCGUCCGCACGCUCAUCGGCUGCGGCUACGUCAUCGAGCCGCCCGACCAGGAUCCCGCGCUGCUGGCCGAGACCGCCGGGAGCAGCCACCCUGACAAGAUGCGGAUCUUCCGGGCGGAGAAGUCCUAUGCCGUGAUGGCGGGGAAGUGGUACUUUGAGUUCGAGGCGGUGACGGCCGGGGACAUGCGCGUGGGCUGGGCCCGGCCUGACGUGCCCUCGGGCCACGAGUUGGGGGCCGAUGCGGAGGCCUUCGUUUUCGACGGCUUCAGGGCCCAGCGAUGGCACCUGGGCAGCGAGCACUUUGGCAGAGACUGGCAGUGUGGAGAUAUCGUGGGCUGCCUCAUCGACCUCAACGACCGGUGCAUGAUGUUCACCAUCAACGGCGAGGUGCUCCUCAACGACUCGGGCUCCGAGCUCGCCUUCCGUGACUUCGAGAUCUCCGAAGGCUUCAUACCCGUGUGCAGCGUGGGGAUGAGCCAGGUGGGGAGGCUGAACUUCGGCCGCAACGCGGCGACGUUCAAGUUCUUCACCAUCUGCGGCCUGCAGGAGGGCUUCGAGCCGUUCGCCGUCAACAUGCACCGCGACGUGCCCAUGUGGUACACCAAGCGGCUGCCGCAGUUCCUGCCAGUGCAAGGCGACCACGAGCACUACGAGGUGACGCGGAUCGACGGGACGGUGGACAGCCCGCCGUGCCUCAAGGUCACCCACAGGACGUUCGGCACGCAGAACAGCAACAACGACCUGGUGUUCUUCCGCCUCAGCAUGCCCGUGGAGUGCUACGAGGACUACAAGCCGCAGCUUGCCGGCCACCUCAACUCGCUCAUGCAGGAGGAGGAGGUGGACAUCGACAUCGAUUCCGAGUUCGAGGUGCUCAAGAAGACGGCUGCGCGUGGGAACCUGAUCCAGCUGCCGUUCGGCUUUGCGUCGCCGCCGGGAGACAAGGACGCGGCGGCGGCGGCUGCGGCGGCUGCCGCGUUGACCGGCGGGACUGCUUCUCCGCCGGUGGGGGCGGGAGGGGCUGGAGGAACGUCGGUGACGGGGUCGUCGCUCGCGCCGCCUACGCCGACCCCGACGGCCGAGUCGAGCGGUGGCAGCAGCAACAACAAGGACGCGGCGCAGGAGAAGACGUCGCGCCUCAAGCCUAAGUUCCUCAUGCGCCGGGGGAAAGUGUCUCAAGCGCAGGCGCCCGCGGCGCCGCCCAUGCCCGUGCACACGCGGCUGCAGGAGGAAGUGCUGCCCGACGACCGCGACGACAUGGAGACGCUCAUGAGGACCACGCUGUACUACUACUCCGUGAAGAUCUUCCCCGGCCAGGAGCCGACGGGCGUGUGGGUCGGCUGGGUGACGCCCGACUUCCACCAGUACGGGAAGACCUUCGACCUGGAGAAGGUGCGCAGCGUCAUGGUGACGCUCGGUGACGACAAGGGCAAGGUGAACACCAGCAUCAAGCGCAGCAACUGCUUCAUGGCGUGGUGCGGUGAGUUUGGGGGGCAGCAAGGCCAGGGGCGCAACAACAUCAGCAUCGACAUCGGCUGCCUCAUCGACAUCGGCAGCGGACUCCUCACGUUCUACGCCAAUGGAAAGGAGAUCCCCACCUACUAUCAGAUUGAGCCUGGCACCAAGGUCUUCCCGGCCGUGUUCGUGCAGCCCACGUGCACCAACAUGUUCCAGUUUGAGUUGGGCCGCAUCAAGAACGUGAUGCCGCUGUCGGCCGGCAUGUUCAAGAGCGAGCGCCAGCAUCCGACGCCGCAGUGCCCGCCGCGGCUCGACGUGCAGAUGCUCAUGCCGGUGCUGUGGAGCCGCACGCCCAACGAGUUCCUGCACGUGGAUGUGGCGCGCACGAGCGAGCGCGAGGGCUGGAUGGUGGAGUGCACCGAUCCGCUCGUCAUGAUGGCGCUGCACUUCCCCGAGGAGAACAGGUGCAUUGACAUCCUGGAACUCUCCGAGCGCAUGGACCUGCUCAAGUUCCAGUUCUACACCCUGAAGCUCUACUCGGCGCUGUGCGCCCUGGGCAACAGCCGCGUGUCGCACGCCCUCUGCAGCCACGUCGCCGAGAACCAGCUUCUCUACGCCAUCGAGUCCAAGUACAUUCCGGGCCUCCUGCGCAGCGGCUACUACGACCUGCUCAUCGACAUCCACCUGCAGACGUACUCGACGGUCCGCCUGAUGAUGAGCAACGAGUACAUCGUGCCCAUGACGGACGAGACGUGCAGCAUCACCCUGUUCCCCGACGAGAGCAAGCGGCACGGGCUGCCGGGCGUUGGGCUCACCACGUCGCUCCGCCCGCUCAUGUACUCGUCCGAGAUCAGCUUUGUCAAGUCGCUGGGCAGCGUGUACCAGCACAGCCCCGAAUUCCCGCUCGGCAUCCUCAAGGUGAAGACGCUGGACAUGCUGACGGAGGCCGUGCGUGACGGCGGCUGGCACAUCCGCGACCCCGUGGGCAGCAGCACGGAGUUCCUGUUCGUGCCGCUGCUCAAGCUCGUGUGCACGCUGCUCGUCAUGGGCGUGUUCGCGGACGACGACGUGCGGCACAUCCUCCUCCUCAUCGACCCCGGCGUCUUCAAGGAGCAUAGAGACGAGGAGGAGGAGGAGGUGGCGGGUGGCGACGGGGUCGGGGGCGGGAGCCCGGCGAAGGAGUUGCUGGCGCUGGAAGGCGCCGGGGAUGAGGAGGAGAAGGACGAUUUUUAUGACGACGACGAGGAGGACGAGGAGGGGGAUGAAUACGACGAAGAGGAGGACGAGGAAGGGGAUGAGAAUGUGGAGAUGGUCGAGGGAGAGGCGGAGCACGCCGCGUCCAAAGCGAAGAGGAGGAGGGCGUUGAGGAAGAGACGCGGACGCGGCGGCGUCGACGACGAGGUGGAGAAGGAGAGCGGGCGGGAGAAGGAGGCAGACGAUGCGGAGAGGAAGGAGAAGGCCGCGGGCGACGGCGACGGGGAAGGGGAGGAGGAGGUGAUCGCUGGCGAGGGCCUGCUCUACAUGAAGCUCGUGGAACCGGUGAAGUUGCAGAUGUGCCACCUUCUGGAGUACCUGUGCGAGUGCCAGCUGCGCCACCGCAUCGAGGCGAUCGUGGCGUUCUCGGACGCCUUCGUUGCCAAGGUCCAGGCGAACCAGAAGUUCCGCUACGACGAGGUCAUGCAGGCGCUCAACAUGUCGGCCGCGCACACCGCGCGCAAGACCAAGGAGUUCCGCUCGCCGCCGCAGGAACAGGUCAACAUGCUGGUCAGCUUCAAGAACAUUGCGGAGGAUGAGGAGAGCCCAUGUCCUGAUGAGGUUCAGGAGAAACUGGAGAAUUUCCAUCAUGAUCUGCUGCUGCAUUGCGGCUUUGAGCUUGAGGUGGAGGAGGAGGAGGAAGGGGAGGCUGACCCAUCGUGGCGCGGGAAGCUGAUGUCCCUGGUGGAGCGCGUGAAGAACCUGCGCAAGGCCAAGGAGGAGGAUAAGCCUCAAGACGAGGAGGAGAAGAAGCCGUCCACGCUGCACGAGCUCAUCUCGACGGUGAUGAUCCACUGGGCGCAGGAGUCGCGCGUGGCCGACCCCGAGCUGGUGCGCGCCAUGUUCGGCCUGCUCCACCGGCAGUAUGACGGCAUCGGCGAGCUGAUGCGCGCGUUGCCCAAGACGUACACCAUCAGCGACAACUCCAUCGAGGACACGCUCGACCUUCUCGCCUCGCUCGGGCAGAUCCGCUCGCUGCUGCGUGUGCGCAUGGGCAAGGAGGAGGAGCAGCUCAUGAUCCGCGGCAUUGGCAACAUCAUGAACAACAAGCUGUUCUACCAGCACCCAAACUUGAUGCGAGCCCUGGGGAUGCACGAGACGGUCAUGGAGGUGAUGGUGAACGUGCUGAGUGGAGGCGAGGGUCAGGAGAUCACCUUCCCUAAGAUGGUGGCGAACUGCUGUCGAUUCCUCUGCUACUUCUGCCGCAUCAGCCGGCAGAACCAGAAGUCCAUGUUUGAGCACCUGAGCUACCUGCUGGAGAAUAGCAGCUUCGGGCUGGGCAAUGCGUCGUUUGGAAUCAAGGGCUCCACGCCCCUGGACGUGGCGGCGGCGUCCGUGAUGGACAACAACGAACUCGCUCUCGCCUUGACGGAACCCGACCUGGAGAAGGUGGUGAAGUACCUGGCGGCUUGCGGCCUGCAGAGCAGCCCCAUGCUGCUGGCGCGCGGGUGGCCUGACAUCGGCUGGAACCCCAUCGAGGGCGAGCGUUUCCUCGACUUCCUUCGCUUCGCCGUCUUCGUCAACGGCGAGAGCGUGGAGGAGAACGCCAACGUGGUGGUGCGGCUGCUCAUCCGGAGGCCCGAGUGCUUCGGGCCGGCGCUGCGCGGAGAGGGCGGCCAGGGCCUCCUCUUGGCCAUCGAGGACGCCAUCAAAGUGGCGGAGGAGCCCGACCGCAGCGCCCCGCCCGUGGCAGGCCACAAGCGCGGAGCCCCUAAAUCCAGGAGCCGCAUCGAAGACUUUGCUCAAAAGAGCAGUGCCAUGGGGGUCAGCACGGAGGAGGAGGAGGUGGGGAAGAGGUCGUUCCACAUCGGCCACGCCAUCCUCUCCUUCUACUCGGCCCUCAUCGAUCUGCUCGGACGCUGCGCACCAGAGAUGCAUCUGAUCCAAGCCGGGAAGGGAGAGGCGCUGAGAAUCCGAGCAAUCCUACGAUCCCUGGUGCCCCUGGAAGACUUGGAGGGGGUUAUCAGCAUCACGUUCAACAUGCCCACCAUCGGGAAAGACGGUGGCGUGGUGCAACCGCGCAUGUCUGCCGGCUUCUGCCCGGACCACAAGGCGCCCAUCGUGCUCUUCCUUGACCGCGUGUACGGCAUCGAGAGCCGCGAGUUCCUGCUGCACCUCCUGGACAUCGGAUUCCUGCCCGACCUGCGCGCAGCCGCCUCCCUUGACAACCCGCUGCUGAGCUCCACGGACAUGGCGCUGGCGAUGUACCGCUACCUGAGCACGGCGGUGCUGCCGCUCAUCACCAAGUGCGCGCCGCUGUUUGCCGAGACGGAGCACCACGCCACGCUGGUGGACUCGAUGCUGCACACCGUGUACAAGCUCUCCAAGGGCCGCUCGCUCACCAAGGCGCAGAGGGACGCCAUCGAGGACUGCCUCAUCUCCGUCUGCGGGCAGCUGCGCCCCUCGAUGAUGCAGCACCUUCUGCGCCGGCUGUCGUUCGACGUCCCCCUCCUCAACGAGCACUCCAAGAUGCCGCUCAAGCUGCUCACCAACCACUACGAGCGGUGCUGGCGCUACUACUGUCUGCCCGGAGGGUGGCUGGGUUUGGGCGUCGCUUCGGAGGAGGAGCUGCACCUCACCAGGAAGCUCUUCUGGGGCAUCUUCGAGUCGCUGGCGCAGCAGCGCUACGAGCCCGAGCUCUUCAAGAUGGCGCUGCCGUGCCUGAGCGGCAUCGCGGGCGCGCUGCCCCCCGACUACAUGGAGUCGCAGUACAUGGCGGCGCUGGAGAAGCAGGUCUCCGUCGACGCCGACGGAAACUUCGAGCCGAGGCCCAAGGACACGGUCAGCAUCAUCAUCCCGGAGAAGCUCGACUUCCUCAUCAACAAAUACGCGGAGAACACUCACGACCGCUGGGCACUGGACAAGAUCACCCAAGAGUGGACGUAUGGAGAGGCGGAGGAUCCAGAGGCUAAAACGCAUCCCAUGCUGAAGCCUUUUAAACUCUUCUCGGAGAAGGAGAAGGAGACGUACCGCUGGCCAAUCAAGGAGUCGAUCAAGACGAUGAUCGCGUGGGGGUGGUCCAUCGAGCGCUCGCGCGACGCCGACCAGAUGGCGGCACAGGGGAAAGGAUCUUCCCAGCCACCCAUCGACCUGCAACAGGGCUACAGCCCGCGGCCUGCGGACAUGAGCAACGUCACGUUGUCCAGGGACUUGCAGUCCAUGGCUGAGCAGUUGGCUGAAAACUACCACAACACCUGGGCCAAGAACAAGAAGGUGGAGCUUGAUGCUAAGGGAGGAGGAAACCACCCCCUGCUGGUGCCGUACGACACGCUGACGGCCAAGGAGAAGGCGCGGGACCGCGAGAAGGCACAGGACCUCCUCAAGUUUCUGCAGAUCAACGGCUACGCCGUGUCUCGGGGAAUGAAGGACAUGGAGAUGGAUUCAUCGUCCAUAGAGAAGCGCUACGCCUACGGCCUCGUGCAGAAGCUCAUCGAUUACGUGGACGCUGCCCACGAAUACAUUCGGCAGCUGGAUUCUGGCGUGACGAUCGUGCGGGAUUCAAGGUCAUCGAAUGAACAAGAAAUCAAAUUUUUCGCGAAGGUGGUGUUGCCGCUCAUCAACCACUACUUCAACAACCACCGGCAGUACUUCCUGGCCACGCUGACCCGGCCUCUGCCAGGUGGCAGCCACGCGUCCCCCAAGGAGAAGGAAAUGGUCACAAGUCUGUUCUGCAAACUCGGCGUGCUAAUUAGGCACCGGAUAUCCAUAUUUGGUGCCGACGCCAUCUCCAUUGUCAACUGCAUGCACAUCCUUGCCCGGUCAAUCGACGCCAGGACCGUGAUGAAGACGGGCCCGGAGAGCAUCAAGGCGGCGCUGCGCUCGUUCUUCGACUACGCGUCGGAGGACCUGGAGAAGACAAUGGAGAACGUGAAGCAGGGCCGCUUCGCGCACACUCGCACGCAGCUCAAGGGCGUCGCGCAGAACAUCAACUACACCACAGUGGCGCUGCUGCCCGUGCUCACCUCGCUCUUCGAGCACGUCGCCCAGAACCAGUUCGGCACCGACAUCAUGCUUGAUGACGUCCAGGCCUCCUGCUACAAGAUCCUCUCGUGCCUCUACUCCAUGGGCACGGGCAAGAACGUCUACGUGGAGAGGCAGCGCCCGGCGCUGGGCGAGUGCCUCGCCGGCCUUGCCGGCGCCUUCCCCGUCGCUUUCCUGGAGCCGGAGCUCAACCAGAACAAUUCCUGCUCCGUCUACGUCACCAAGACCCCCCGCGAACGCGCCAUGCUGCUGCUGCCACCCAAGGUGGAGGAGGCUUGCCGGGACAUCCCGUCGCUCGAUAAGCUCAUGCAGGACAUCAACCAGCUGGCGGAGUCGGGCGCCCGCUACACCGAGAUGCCCCACGUGAUCGAGGUCAUCCUGCCCAUGCUGUGCAACUACCUGCUGCACUGGUGGGAGCGCGGGCCCGACGUGCAGCACGACCCCGAGAAGCCCGGCUGCACCACCGUGACGGCGAGCCACAUGAACCAGCUGCUCGGCAACAUCCUCAAGAUCAUCGUCAACAACCUGGGCAUCGACGAGGCGUCCUGGAUGAAACGCAUCGCCGUGUUUGCCCAGCCCAUCAUCGGCAAGGCCCGGCCAGAGCUGCUCAAGUCACACUUCAUCCCCACCAUGGAGAAGCUGAAGAAGAAGGCGAGGAAGGUGGUGGCAGAGGAAGACCGUCUCAGGGCCCAGAGCUCGGGAGACAUGUCCGAGUCGGAGCUGAUGCUGCUGGACGAGUUUGCGAUUCUCUCGCGGGAUCUCUACGCCUUCUACCCGCUCCUCGUCAGAUACGUGGACAUCAACAGAUCCAAGUGGAUUAAGUUUCCCAAUCCGGAUGCGGAGGAGCUUUUCCGAAUGGUGGCUGAGAUCUUCAUCUACUGGGCCAAGUCACACAAUUUCAAACGCGAAGAGCAGAACUUUGUGGUUCAGAACGAAAUCAACAACAUGUCCUUCCUCAUCUCCAGCGACACAAAGAGUAAGAUGUCAAAGGGCCGUGGAGACGACGAGCGCAAGAAGACGCGGCGUCCCGGAGACCGCUACUCCGUGCAGACGUCUCUCAUCGUGGCGGCGCUGAAGCGGCUGCUGCCCAUCGGCCUCAACAUGUGCGGUCCCGGCGACCAGGAGCUCAUCACCAUGGCCAAGAGCCGCUACAACUUGCUGAUGGAUGAUGAAGUCCGUGACUACAUCCGCAACAACCUGCACUCCCAAAGCAAGAUGGACGAUCCCGCGAUCCGCUGGCAAAUCUCGCUUUACAAGGACCUGCCGGGGAAGGCCGAGGACUCCUCUGACCCGGACAAGACGGUCGACCGUGUGGCCGAGAUUGCUGCUGUGCUCUACCAUCUGGAGAUGGUGGAGCACCCGCACCGCUCCAAGAAGGCGGUGUGGCACAAGCUGCUCUCAAAGCAGCGCAAGAGGGCUGUGGUCGCCUGCUUCCGCAUGGCGCCUCUCUACAACCUGCCGAGGCACCGCGCCAUUAAUCUCUUCCUCGAUGCGUAUAAGAAACACUGGAUAGAGACAGAGGAGAAUGCCUAUGAGGAUAAGCUAAUUGAUGACAUAGCCAAAUCCAUCGACGACGAUGAAGAGGAGAAGGAGUCGGAGGACACAGAGGUGGAGACUCAUCCCGAUCCUCUCCACCAACUCAUCCUCUACUUCAGUCGAACGGCACUGACAGAGAAAUCGAAACUGGAGGAGGAUUUCUUGUACAUGGCCUACGCCGACAUAAUGGCCAAGAGCUGCCACGCCGGCAUUGACGAGGAGGAGGAGGACUCCGCCACGUUUGAGGAAAAGGAGAUGGAGAAGCAGAAGCUGCAGUACCAGCAGUCUCGCCUGCACGAGAGGGGGGCGGCUGAGAUGGUGCUGCAGAUGCUGGGAGCCAGCAAAGGCGUGAAAAGCCCCAUGGUUCGGUCGACGCUGAAGCUUGGGAUUGCCGUACUGAAUGGUGGCAACUGCAUCGUACAGAACAAAAUGCUGGACUAUCUCAAGGACAAGAAGGACAGCACAUUUUUCCAAAGCGUUGCGGGACUCAUGCAGAUAUGCAGCGUUCUGGAUCUGAAUGCUUUUGAGCGGCAGAACAAAGCGGAGGGGCUAGGUAUGGUAACGGAGGAAGGAUCAGUCAUUUCUCACGAACAGGGUGACAAGGUCAUGCAGGAUGACAGCUUCACCUGUGACCUCUUCCGGUUUCUACAACUUCUGUGCGAGGGUCACAACUCUGACUUCCAGGACUACCUGCGGACCCAAGUCGGCAACAACACAACGGUCAACAUUGUCAUCGCCACUGUGGACUACCUGCUGAGGCUGCAGGAAUCCAUCAGCGACUUCUAUUGGUACUACUCGGGCAAAGAGAUCAUUGACGAUCACGGACGCAGAAACUUCUCCAAGGCGAUGGCGGUGGCCAAGCAAGUGUUCAACUCCAUCACUGAGUACAUCCAGGGUCCGUGCACGGGAAACCAGAAGAGUCUCGCUCACAGCAGGCUUUGGGAUGCCGUCGUGGGCUUCCUGCACAUCUUCGCCCACAUGCAGAUGAAGCUGGCGCAGGACUCGGCGCAAAUUGAGUUGCUGAAGCAGCUGCUGGACCUGCAGAAGGACAUGAUUGUCAUGCUGCUGUCCAUGCUGGAAGGCAACGUCGUCAACGGGAUGAUCGGCAAGCAGAUGGUGGACAUGCUGGUGGAGUCGUCCAACAACGUCGAGAUGAUCAUCAAGUUCUUCGACAUGUUCCUGCGCCUCAAGGAGAUCGUCUCCUCGGACGCCUUCCGCGACUACGACCCCGAGCGGAAGGGGCGCAUCUCCAAGCGCGACUUCCAGAAGGCUAUGGACUGCCAAAAGGCCUACAGCCCCUCAGAGGUCCGCUUCCUGCUGUCGUGCGGCGAGAUCGACGAGAACGAGAUGCUGGACUACGAGGAGUUCGCCGAUCGCUUCCACGAGCCGGCCAAGGACAUCGGCUUCAACCUUGCCGUGCUGCUCACAAGCCUCUCGGAGCACAUGCCCAACGAUGUGCGCCUGCACAACUUCCUGGAGAAGUCGGAGAGCCUGCUCAACUACUUCACGCCCUACCUGGGCCGCAUUGAGAUCCUCGGCAGCGGCAAGCGCAUCGAGCGUGUGUACUUCGAGAUCUCGGAGUCGAGUCGCAACCAGUGGGAGAUGCCCCAGGUGAAGGAGUCGAAGCGGCAGUUCAUCUUCGACGUGGUGAACAUGGGCGGUGAGAAGGAGAAGAUGGAGAUGUUCGUCAACUUCUGCGAGGACACCAUCUUCGAGAUGCAGAUCGCGGCCGACAUCUCGGAGCAGGACGAGGAGGACGGCGAGGAGGCGGAGGGCGAGGAGGCGGAGAAGGAGAGCGUGGACGGGGAGAUGGAAGACCACGGCAUCUUCUCCCUGGGCUUCUUCAGGUCGGCGGCGGGCACCGCCGUGGGGCACGUCUUGACCGCGCUGUGGAUCGUCUCACCCUGGAACAUCAAGCGGCAGCUGAGGAAGCUGAUGAAGAUGACCUUCAGGGAGAUGGGCUCGUCGGUCGCCGCGUUCUCCACCGCCUCCGCCGUGACCCUCUUCAGCGUCCUCUACAGCGUGGGGCACGGCUUCGUCCGCAUUGUCACGGGCAGCGUCUUCGGCGACAACCUCGUCGAGGGCGUCAAGAAGAUGACCGUGACGGACAUCCUGGCCGGCAUGCCCGACCCGACGCAGGAUGACGUGCGCCGGGAGGCGGCCGAGGUGGAGCAGAACGAGGAGGAGGAGGAGGAGGCCACGCAGGACCUCAUGGACCUGACGGCGGCCGACGACCAGGCCGACCUGUCGGUGGACAUCUUCAACGUGGACCUGAAGAAGGAGUCCGGGCUGGGGGCGGGCGACACCAGCCGAGCCGGCCUCCGGCGGCGCGAGCGCGUCGCCCGCCGACAUCAUGAAGACGUUCAAGGCGGUGAAGAAGGCGCGCACCCUGGAGCCCAGCGUGGAGCCCGAGAAGGCAGACAAGGAGAACGGCGAGAAGACGGAAGGGGAGGACCAGACCGAGGGGACCCCCAAGAAGAGGAGGCGGCUGAAGCAGCCGAAGAAGGCGGAGGAGACUGAGGAGGAGGAGUCCGUCUUCUGGAAAAACAUCACUGCCUACCAGAAGACCUUCGUGAAUUCAUUGGCUCGGAAUUUCUACAACCUCAGGAUGCUGGCCCUGUUCGUCGCGUUUGCAAUCAACUUCAUUCUUCUCUUCUACAAGGUGACGACCGACCUCAACGAGAUGGCGGAGGAGCUGGAGGAGGCCUCCGGCAUCGACCUCGACGACCUGCUGGGCUCGGCCGUCGG